AUGCUGGCGAAGAAACUUUGGCUAAAGCAGCGGGAGGGCAACGAGCCGGAAGAAACUGGCAAAGAGCCGCCGUUGAAGCAGGCCCGCCGCACUGAUGGCCGGGCAGUGGCCGCUACACUUCGUGCCCGCGAGAGCGCCCUCUUCCGACCAGUGCGGUCCAUUGGUGCAGUGAUAGAUAGCUUGCCCUUCUCGUUGCAGACUCUGGGAGAUACUUCCUUCCUCACAGCAAGCGUGGGGCGGGGGUUUCGAGUUUUUGAGUGCAACAAGCUGAAACUUUCUUACAUCGGCCCGCGCUUCAAUGAGAAGGUUCGGGCUUUGGUUACCGUUGGCGAGACAAUCAUUACGGCGCUGAAGUCGGAUAUUGUGGUGUGGCACAAGCUGACGGAAGUUGGCCGAUUCCGUGGCCAUCAUUUCUCGGCCACUGUCCUGUGUGCGGUAGGAUCCACCUACCUGCUAUCAGCUGCAAAGCACGAGCUGAUUCUGUGGCAGUUGUCGGACAUCGGCAACCGGGAUGCUGAAACCAGCAUUGACAGUGAGAAAAGCAUCUUGGGCCCAUUAGGUCGGCCCAAAUUAAGCCAAACUUUUGGAGAAGUGAGCUGCAUAUGUCAUCCACCCACCUACUUGAACAAGGUCUUGGUGGCUGGAUCUGGUGGCCAACUGGAGCUGUGGAACAUCCGCAGCAUGGAGAGGAUCCAUAGCUUCAAAUGUCUAUCGACCAGUGACUCACAGGUUCCCAUCACAUCGAUGAAGGAAGCGAAUGCCUUGGAUGUGGUGGCCAUUGGUUUUGCAACUGGCCGCAUUGCCUUGAUGAAUAUCCGAGAGGAUCGAAUACUCUUCGAACUACAGCAAGCGCAAGGCAGAGUCACCUGUUUGUCCUUCAGAAGUGACGACAACUCCAUGCCCCAGUUGGUCAGCGGAGCACCCUCAGGUGAUUUCGUGGUCUGGGACCUGGAGAAGCGUCGCAUGCAUCACCUGAGGGAAGCGCAUCGAGGACCCAUCACCUCAGCGCAGUUCCUUCCCAAGGAACCGCUUCUGAUCACCAGCAGCAACGACAAUGCGGUUAAGAUGUGGAUCUUUGACACUGCAGAUGGGAUGUCUAGAUAUUUGAAAGGCCGUUGCGGCUGUCCUGGUCCUGCUCACCGGCUUCAAUUCUAUGGGGAAGGAGAUCGAGAGCUGAUUGUGGGAGGUGGUUUUCAGGGCGCGGGCUUUUUGUCGAAGAUUUCCUUCAUCCAGGAUCAGCAGAAUCAAGAAUAUUCUCAAGCGUCCUUGAAGAAGAUGGACUCAAGGACCAAGGAGGGAGGAUUUCCUGGGGCCCUACCGCCUGUGAUCGACAUGGCGGUGUGUGAGGUCCGCCACUAUGACUGGCCAAGUGUGGUCACAGCACACAACGGGCUGCACACUGCAAUGGUUUGGUCGGCAUUUAACAAGGCGCUGUCAACAACCGCCCUGACGCCGCCAGUAGAGUUGAAUGGUGGGAGCCCUGUCUCUGCAGUGGCUGUCAGCAGCUGCGGUAACUACUGCGUGUUGGGCCUGGAGAAUGGAGCGCUGCAUCGCUUCAAUCUCCAGUCAGGGCUUCAUCGUGGCACUAUCCCAAAGGUAGCAGAAGGUGAGCCGGAUCCCAACUCUUUUGGUGUCAAGGUUCCCAAGAGACCGGCGAUGGCAAAGGUGCCAGCAGCACCUCCCCGAGCACAUCAGGGACGUGUUUGUGGCCUCAUAGUAACCAACAACGCGCAGGUUGUGUCGAUCGCCUCACAUCCCAAGGAGUGUUGCUUGAAGCUCUGGAACUUGGGAAGCCACGAGUUUUUGGAACAGAUCAUGUUGGUGAAAGGCAAACAAGGCCCCAGUUGCAGUCUGAUGAGAUCUUUUGGUGCUUUAUUUGCAGUCUGCUUGGGAGAUGGCAGCUUGCCAGUGGCUGAUUUGAAUAGCAAGUCAGUGGUGCGCACCUUUCAUUGCGGCGUUCCGGCCACCGAUUUGGCGUUUGCCCCCGAUGGGCGCUGGUUGGCAGCUACAUUGUGCGAUGGCGGCCUGAGGGUCUUUGAUCUGCCCGCGGCACGGUGCAUUGACUCCUUCAUUUUUGCGCAGCCUGCGAUGGGGCUGUGCUUCAGCCCCAGUGGCGCCUUUCUGAUGACAACCCAUGCGAAGAACAAUUCCAUACAGGUUUGGGCCAACAAGUUUCUCUUUGAUCCAUCGCUCUCAGCACCGCUUCUUCGACCAGAGCCUGAACCUCCAAUCAACGUAGAGGAGCCUGGACCCCCAGAGGAGGGCGCUGCCGAAGAGUCCAAUGAUGAGAUGGAAGAUGAUCAUAUCACACCCCUUGGCCAAUCAUCCACCACCCCACUGGAUAUCUCUCUGCUAACCUUGUCCGAUGUGCCACCUGCCAAAGUCUUGGCGACUUUGCAUCUGGAUCUGGUGAAGGAGCGGAACAAACUCAAGGAACCACCUAAGCCAUUGCCCAAUGCGCCCUUCUUCCUCCCCACUGCGCAUGAAGGUGUGACACCGCGUUUCGCCGCACCCUUGGGGGAAGAGGAGAACGAUGCAGCCAUGGAACCAGCACAAAGGCCUUCCCUCUUUGAGGAGCUCACUGCAAAGGCAGAUGUGGCCAGUUUGCCCUUCCAAACCAUGCUGCGGAAGCAGCGCUAUGACAAAGCCCUGGAGUUUCUGAAGUCCCAAACGCCUUCCGGGGUCCAUUUGGCCUUAGAGCAAAUAGGCCCAAUGGCCAGUGGAGAUGAUCUGGAGCUUCAAGAAGGUUUGAAGUUUUUCCUGCACCACGUGACGCAAUCGCACUUUGCCGAUGAGGUGCAGGCCUACCUGUCGUUAUUCCUAGCCGCUCACGGAGAGGAAAUUGCUGCCUCCAAGGAGCUUCAGGCUUUGUGCGCAGAAUUGGCCACUGCCCAG